AUGGCCAUGGGUCUUUCUGUUGACGCGGAGUUUCUCUCAGCCCUUAAGCCCUUCCUAGAGGGCCAGGCGCAGGUAGAGAAGCCGCAGCUCCAUGACGUCGCUGCCCGAAGGGCGCGCUACGAUGCCAUUGGUGGCCAAGUGCCCAUAAUCCCAGAGUCGGUUGUGUUCGAGACUCUGAUGAUUCGUCAAGAGGAAGGGCCUGGGCUACGCGUGUACCAUCUGAAACCACAGAAUAUCAGCUCUUCUACCGCCGCCGCUGUUCACUUUCACGGUGGGGGCUUGAUCUCCUGUACUCCUGACAUCGCCACCGAGCGCCUCGCCUCUUACGUCCGAGAUACUGGUGUUCAGAUCUUCUCAGUCGACUAUAGGCUCGCGCCAGAGCAUCGCUACCCUGCUGCCCUCGACGACGGCUGGUUCACUCUUGCUUGGGUUCAUGAGAACGCUCCGCAGCUUCUGGUCGACCGGACUCGCAUCGCCGUCAUGGGAGAUAGCGCCGGCGGCGGGCUUGCCGCAGCCCUGAGUAUUCGAGCGCGAGACGAGCAGCUUUCACCACCCAUCGCGCGUCAAAUUCUCUGCUCUCCGAUGCUCGAUGACCGCACCACAGGCGAUGUUCCCGGCGACUUCAAGCUUUGGGAUGCCGAAGACAACCUCACGGCAUGGACGGCAUACCUGGGCGAAUCACCUGGUGGGAACGAAGUCCCAGCAACGGCUGCACCAGCUAGGGUGGCGGAGGUGGAGGGCCUUCCUCCCUUGUACUUGGAUACGAGCCAGUUUGAUCUCUUUGUAAAGGAAAACUUGGAUUGGGUGCGCCGGUUUGUCGAGGCCGGUGUCGAGGUUGAGUGCCAUGUCAGCCCAGGCCUCCCUCACGGCUUCGACAGCCUCUUGCCAUCCCAUCGGGUGACGCUAGAGUACGAAGAGCACAGGAAGAGAAACCUGAGGAUGUUGUAA